AUGAGUGACCAACUGUCUUUUGAUGAAGGGGGAGAAUCCAGGCCAGUUGGUGAGAGCUCCUAUGGGGAGUUCGAAGCUCACCUUGAUCAUUUGGCUUGUGGAGACUCCGUUGAGAAUUACAGUCGUGACUUUUUGCAAGACAGGUCGCCGGCUCUUAGUGCGAGUUUUGACCCCAGUGACUUUGAGGAGGUACAAUGGUACUCCAAGGCGAAUCUGUCUGACAAAAGCAGCAAUCCCCCUCCUGGCUCUUCGAUAGCAGAGGAGACGCCGAGGGACCCGCCCUUGCAGGGCUCGGGCCGACCGGGGUCUUCUUCUGAUGAUCGUGUAUUCAAUGUCCCAGCUGCCGUGGCUUUUGCACAUCAGUCUUUACCCGCUGCGGGCCUGGAGCAGUGCUGGGAGAAGGGGAUUUGGGCAGACAUUUUUGGAUUGCCAAAGGAUUUGUAUCAUGGAAUGCAUGGUGCUGUGUAUAAGAGACCUGAAGCUGUGCUUUUAGAAAGUGAUUCUUCGCGCUCGAAGGCUGCCAAGACCUCUGGAUCAGCAGACAAAUCUGGCGGAAGCUUUACUUAUUUGAAUGCAGUCAAAGACCGGGAAGCGGUGAGCUGGAAGGCCAAGAGGGACAAGGAGCGUUCGGAGGCUCUGUACCUCUGGCAGGGGCUCAUUGAGUCCUGGCCCGACAAGCUGGCUGUGGUUCGGCAACUUUUGAACCUGGGACAUUUGCCCAGAUAUUUUAUGAUUGAAGAUUUACUUGGUGGUAAGGCGCCUGCUACUCUGCGCAAGCGGUACAGAUCUCUGCUGGGUUACAACAACUUCUUGUGCGAUCGGGGGUUGUGUUUUCCUGGAUCAGAGGAGAUCUUUUACCAGUACUUGUGUGGCAUGCGGGAGGCAGGCAGGCCCGCUUCUGCUCGAAAGGCAGUUCUUGAAGCCAUCACGUUCACAAGAUUUGUGGUUGGUAUCCCAGAACUUGCUGAGUUGGGAGAGAGCAAGCGCUGCCACGGCAGUGCCAAGCAGCGAGACUUCAAGGCUCGGGUUCAGGCCUCCCCUUUUACAGUGGCAGAGCUGACCAAACUUCACUACAUUCUUGCUAACGAUGCAGAACUGUGGAACAGGUUGAUGGCCGGCGCGCUCCUUUUAGCAACGUAUGGCAGAGCUCGCUGGGAGGAUUUGUCCCAUGCAGAGUCCAUUACUGUCGAUCGUGGAGAGAAUGGAGAGGCGGCUUUUAUCGAGGCCGGUGUGGGGGUCCACAAGACGAUGGGUGCCAAGCUCAUGCGAGGGCAACUGCUGCCCAUGGUGGCGCCUGGUGUGGGUGUUACAGAAGACCCGUGGAUAGAACAAUUUAUGGAAGCAAGAAGGUUGCUGGGAAUUGGUGAGCCUCCGCGUUUCCCUGUGAUGCCGGCUCCAGAUCACCAAGGAUUCCCUACUGUGCGGAGUCUUGAAUCUGAUGAGGCAGGGUCUUGGGCUAGGCUGUUGCUUUUCGGUAGCGCGGACCCGAUUCCUGGCAGACGAGUGUCAAGCCAUUCUUGCAAGUGCACGUGCAUUAGUUUUGCGACCAAGUUCGGGGCAAGUCCGAAUGAGUUGCUCUUGUUGGGAUAUCACACCGGUGAUUUCAAGAUGCCACUCACGUAUGGAAGAGAUGCCGCUGCUCCUACACUCUUGUUGCUGAACAAGGUGCUGCGAGCCAUACGGAGCGGUGCCGACCCCGCUGAGGAACCGCCGUCGGAUGCAGUAACCACAGGCUCCAGCAGCAGUUCGGAUUCAGAGGGUCAGGAGGGUGCUGAACUUCCCGGUUCUUUCGUGCGCUGGGUCGUUCCUGAUCCUCCUGACGGCAUGUGCUACUAUGAGCAUACAAAGUCCAAAGUUUUGCACUUGGCCCAUGACCAUUAUUCCAAGGCCUUCUCAGGCCUGCUCACGAUGCAGGUUGUGCGCUAG